AGCCGCGCAUCCUCCCCUCUUUGGACUUCUUCCCUUCUCUCUGGUAAAUUCUCCACUCGGGUCUCUUAUUUGUGAAAUACUUCAUCGCUUUCCCAUUUUUUUUUGUCGUAUUUUUCACCAUCUUUUAUCUCCGGAGCCAGAGAGACACAUUGGCUCCUACUGGACAGCUCGAGAUCUGGGGUGAUGGAGAGCACCCCUACAAGGGGUGGACUGAACCGAGUGCACCUGCAGUGCCGGAAUCUGCAGGAAUUCCUAGGGGGCCUGAGCCCUGGGGUCCUGGACCGGUUAUAUGGGCACCCCGCCACGUGUCUGGCUGUCUUCAGGGAGCUCCCAUCUCUGGCUAAGAAUUGGGUGAUGCGGAUGCUAUUUCUAGAGCAGCCUUUGCCUCAAGCUGCUGUAGCCCUGUGGGUGAAAAAGGAAUUCAGCAAGGCUCAGGAGGAAAGUACAGGACUGCUGAGUGGGCUCCGGAUCUGGCACACUCAAUUGCUCCCUGGUGGUCUCCAGGGCCUCAUCCUCAACCCCAUUUUCCGCCAGAACCUCCGCAUUGCUCUCCUGGGUGGGGGGAAGGCCUGGUCUGAUGACACAAGUCAGUUGGGACCAGACAAGCAUGCCCGAGAUGUUCCCUCGCUUGACAAGUACGCUGAAGAGCGGUGGGAGGUGGUCUUGCACUUUAUGGUGGGCUCCCCCAGUGCAGCUGUCAGUCAGGACUUGGCCCAGCUCCUCAGCCAGGCUGGACUCAUGAGGAGUACUGAACCAGGGGAGCCCCCCUGCAUUACCUCCGCUGGCUUCCAGUUCUUGUUGCUGGAUACAUCUGCCCAGCUCUGGUACUUUAUGCUGCAGUACCUACAGACGGCCCAGAGCCGUGGCAUGGACUUGGUAGAGAUCCUCUCCUUCCUCUUCCAGCUCAGCUUUUCCACGUUGGGCAAGGACUACUCUGUGGAAGGUAUGAGUGAUUCUCUGCUGAACUUCCUGCAACAUCUGCGUGAGUUUGGGCUCGUUUUCCAGAGGAAGAGGAAAUCUCGGCGUUACUACCCCACCCGCCUGGCCAUCAACCUUUCAUCAGGUGUCUCUGGGGCUGGGGGCACUGUGCAUCAGCCAGGCUUCAUUGUUGUGGAAACCAACUACCGACUGUAUGCUUACACAGAGUCGGAGCUGCAGAUCGCUCUCAUUGCCCUCUUUUCUGAGAUGCUCUAUCGCUUCCCCAACAUGGUGGUGGCACAGGUAACCCGGGAGAGCGUGCAGCAGGCCAUCGCCAGUGGCAUCACAGCCCAGCAGAUAAUCCAUUUCCUGAGGACAAGGGCCCACCCAGUAAUGCUCAAACAGACUCCUGUGCUGCCCCCCACCAUCACUGACCAGAUCCGGCUGUGGGAACUAGAACGCGACAGACUCCGCUUCACCGAGGGUGAGCGCUCCUGGGCCUGCUCCUGGGCAGGCCAUUCGGGUCCUGAUGAGCCAGCAGGGCGUCCUGUACAACCAGUUCCUGUCGCAAGUGGACUUCGAGCUGCUGCUGGCGCACGCGCGGGAGCUGGGCGUGCUGGUGUUCGAGAACUCGGCCAAGCGGCUCAUGGUGGUGACACCAGCGGGGCACAGCGAUGUCAAGCGCUUCUGGAAGCGGCAGAAGCACAAUUCCUGAUCCAGUGGGAUCGACCGGACCGGACCAAGCGGGCGGGGCCGGGUGGGGCGGCGAGCUGGCCGCGUGCGUGGCCUCACAACUCAGGUGUUUUUUAUUUAUACGGCAAGAAUUUUUGUUUAAUAAAGUUGUCAAAACAAGUUGCGCGGCCCAGGCGCCGCUCUCCUGUGUUCCACGCCGCGGCGGCCGCUGGGUGGCGACAGCGUCGCUACCGCGCAUGCGCCCGCAGGCCACGCCCCCGCGCCGACGCUGGCCGCCUUCCGGGCUGCAGUGCGCGCCGGGCGCCCCGGUCACUCACAGAAGCCAGGAAGGCCUGGAGUCCUAAAGAGGUAGUAUUGUAUGAAAUUCCUACGGAACCUGGUGAAAAGAAAGACGUCUCCGGUCCCCUGCCUCCUGCCUACAGCCCCCGAUAUGUGGAAGCUGCUUGGUACCAGUGGUGGGUGCGAGAGGGCUUCUUCAAACCAGAAUAUCAGGCACAGCUGCCCCAGGCUACCAGCGAGACUUUUUCCAUGUGUAUACCACCUCCCAAUGUCACAGGUUCCCUGCACCUCGGCCACGCACUCACCGUGGCCAUCCAGGAUGCCCUUGUGCGCUGGCACCGCAUGCGUGGGGACCGAGUGCUGUGGGUCCCUGGCUCAGAUCACGCUGGAAUUGCUACACAAGCUGUGGUGGAGAAACAGCUGUGGAGGGAGCGGGGUGUGAGGAGACACGAGCUGAGCCGGGAGGAGUUCCUCAGGGCUGUGUGGCAGUGGAAGGAGGCGAAAGGAGGUGAGAUUUGUGAGCAGCUGCGUGCUCUGGGCUCCUCCCUGGACUGGGACCGAGAGUGUUUCACCAUGGAUGCCGGCUCCUCAGAAGCCGUGACUGAAGCUUUUGUGCGGCUGUACAACUUGGGGUUGCUAUACCGGAGCCGUCAGCUUGUCAACUGGUCGUGCGCUUUAAGAUCAGCCAUCUCGGACGUGGAGGUGGAGAGCCGGGCCCUGUCUGGCCGCACGGAGCUCCAGCUGCCCGGCUGCUCCAGUCCUGUGCCUUUUGGGCUCCUCUUUUCUGUUGCCUUUCCAGUGGACGGAGAGCCUGAUGAGGAGGUUGUGGUGGGAACCACGAGGCCGGAGACGCUCCCUGGAGAUGUGGCUGUGGCGGUUCACCCUGCUGACUCCCGCUACGCACAUCUGCACGGGCGGCAGCUGUGUCACCCCUUGACUGGGCAGCUUCUCCCCCUCAUCACGGAUGCUGCCGUUCAGCCACACGUGGGCACAGGGGCUGUGAAGGUGACACCAGCACACAGCCCUGCAGACGCCGAAAUGGGGGUGCGACAUGGCCUGCCCCCCAUCAGUGUCAUUGCUGAGGACGGGACCAUGGCGUCGCCCUGCGGGGCCUGGUUGCAGGGUGUCCAGCGCUUUGAGGCCCGGGAGAAGAUCGUGUUGGCACUGAGGGAUCGGGGCCUGUUCCGGGGCCUCCGGGAGCACCCCAUGGUGCUGCCCAUCUGCAGCCGCUCUGGGGAUGUGGUCGAGCACCUGCUGAAGAGCCAGUGGUUUGUCCGCUGCCGGGAGAUGGGGGAGCGGGCUGCCCAGGCUGUGGCGUCGGGGGCCCUGGAGCUCCACCCUUCCUUCCACCAGAAGAGCUGGCAGCACUGGUUUGCCCACAUCGGGGACUGGUGCGUCUCCCGGCAGUUGUGGUGGGGCCAUCAGAUUCCUGCCUACCUGGUCAUUGGGGAGCACUCGAAGGGCAGCGGGGAGGACUGCUGGGUGGUCGGGCGGUCGGAGGCCGAGGCCAGAGAGGCCGCAGCAGCACUCACUGGAAGGCCAGGGGCUGAACUGAGCCUCGAGAGGGACCCUGAUGUCCUGGAUACAUGGUUCUCCUCGGCGCUCUUUCCCUUCUCUGCCCUGGGCUGGCCCCGAGAGACCGCAGACCUCGCCCGUUUCUACCCGCUGUCACUCUUGGAAACAGGCAGCGACCUUCUGCUGUUCUGGGUAGGCCGCAUGGUCAUGCUGGGGAACCAGCUCACUGGCCAGCUCCCCUUCAGCAAGGUGCUCUUGCAUUCCAUGGUUCGGGACGGGCAGGGCCGGAAGAUGAGCAAGUCCCUGGGGAACGUGCUGGACCCGAGGGACAUCACCCAUGGGGUGGAGCUGCAGGAGCUGCAGGCGAAGUUGAGAGCUGGGAACCUGGACCCCACAGAGCUGGCCAUUGCGACUGCAGCACAGAAAAAGGACUUUCCUCAUGGGAUCCCUGAGUGUGGGACAGACGCCCUGAGGUUCACACUGUGCUCCCAUGGGGUGCAGGGGGGCGACCUGCACCUCUCUAUCCCUGAGGUCUUGAGCUGCCGCCGGUUCUGCAACAAGAUUUGGAAUGCGCUGCGCUUCAUCCUCAACGCACUAGGGGAGAACUUCGUACCCCAGCCCCCAGAGGAGCUGUGCCCCUCUUCGCCCAUGGACGCCUGGAUCCUGAGCUGCCUGGCCCGGGCCACCGGCGAGUGCGAGCGGGGCUUCCUCACCCGGGAGCUCACGCUGGUCACCCACACCCUGCAUCACUUCUGGCUCCACAACCUCUGUGAUGUCUACCUGGAGUCCGUGAAGCCCGUGCUGUCCCGUGUGCCCCGCCCCCCAGAGCCCCCCCAGGUCCUGUUCUCUUGCGCAGACGUUGGGCUCCGCCUGCUCGCCCCACUGAUGCCCUUCCUGGCUGAGGAGCUCUGGCAGAGGCUGCCCCGCAGGCCCGGGGCUCCCCCCGCCCCCAGCAUCUGUGUUGCCCCCUACCCUGGUGCCUACAGCCUGGAGCACUGGCACCAGCCUGAGCUGGAGCGGCGCUUCUCCCGGGUCCAGGAGGCCGUGCAGACGCUGCGGGCUCUCCGGGACACCUACCAGCUCACCAAGGCCAGGCCUCGAGCACUGCUGCAGAGCUCAGAGCCAGAGGAGCAGGGCCUCUUCCAGGCCUUCCUAGAGCCCCUGGGCACCCUGGGCCACUGUGGGACCGUGGGCCUCCUGCUCCCAGGAGCAGCGGCUCCCUCUGGUUGGGCCCAGGCCCCUGUCAGUGACAGCACUCGGGUCUACAUGGAGAUCCAGGGCCUGGUAGACCCUGAGGCCCAGCUACCCCUGCUGGCUGCCCGAAGGCACAAGCUACAGAAGCAGCUCGAUGGCCUCAUAGCUCAGACUCCAUCAGAAGGGGAGGCAGAGACACAGAGGCUGCAAAGGCUCUCCUCCCUCCGCCUGGAGCUGUCGAAGCUGGAACAGGCGACCUCACACCUGCAGCAGCUGAUGGAUGGGUCUCCCGGCCCCGGGGGCCGCUGAACUCUGGCUCAGACCUGACUGCAUGGACGGUGCUGUCUGCUGUGGGCUGCGAGAGGCCCAAAGACCUCAGGGUGUAGCCCGCCUUCCUGGUCCUGUGGGGAGGAGGCAUGCAGGACUGACCGCCGUGAGGGGCCUGGAGAUGGGCGUUACCUCCUGCCCGCAUUCCUGUGCUCCCCUCCAGAGGUUUGGGAAUGGGAGACUCAGAUAAACUUAAGGUCCCACCAUA